AUGUCCACCCUUGAAGACCUCGAUGAUCUUGAGCGGGAAGAGAGAGAGAAGAAGAAGGACACGGGCGAUGGCGAUGGCAAGACACCCAAUGGAGGCGAGGAUGCGGAGAUGAAGGACGCCGAAAAGAAGGAGGACGAGGACGAGCUGUUGGACGACGAGAUCCUCCGCUCAAACACCGCAGACAUCGUCAAGCGGCGGCGGAUGCUGGAAAACGAGCUUCGCAUCAUGAAGAGUGAAUACCAGCGCCUGACACACGAACAAAACACGAUGAAGGAGAAGGUGAAGGAUAACAUGGAGAAGAUCGAGAACAACAGGUACGGACGGGGCUCCCUCAAAAAAACGCAGCUGCUAACAAACCGCUUCUCCCACAGGCAACUACCCUAUCUUGUCGGGAACGUGGUAGAACUGUUAGAUCUGGACGUCGAGGCUGAGGCUGCCGAGGAGGGCGCCAACAUCGAUCUUGACGCCACCCGGGUGGGCAAGUCGGCCGUCAUCAAAACAUCUACCCGACAGACGAUCUUCCUUCCCCUUAUCGGUCUCGUUGACCACGAAAAGCUCAAGCCCGGUGACCUGAUCGGUGUGAACAAGGACUCCUACCUUGUCCUGGACACUUUACCGGCAGAGUACGACAACCGAGUAAAGGCCAUGGAGGUCGACGAGAAGCCCACCGAGAAGUACACUGAUAUCGGAGGGUUGGACAAGCAAAUCGAAGAGAUCGUGGAAGCCAUCGUAUGGCCGAUGAAGGAGGCAGAGCGGUUCAAGAAGCUCGGCAUCAAAGCACCAAAAGGUGCCCUGAUGUACGGCCCCCCCGGAACCGGUAAAACGCUACUUGCCCGUGCGUGCGCGGCAGAGACCAACGCCACUUUCCUCAAGCUCGCGGGCCCCCAGCUCGUGCAGAUGUUUAUCGGAGACGGCGCCAAGCUUGUCCGCGACUGCUUUGCCCUUGCCAAGGAAAAGGCCCCCUCGAUCAUCUUCAUCGACGAGUUGGACGCCGUGGGCACGAAACGCUUCGACUCGGAAAAGUCCGGUGAUCGUGAAGUGCAGCGAACCAUGCUCGAGCUGCUGAACCAGCUCGACGGGUUCGCCUCGGACGACCGCAUCAAGGUCCUCGCCGCCACCAACCGAGUCGACGUCCUGGACCCGGCUCUGCUCCGCUCGGGCCGUUUGGAUCGCAAGAUCGAAUUCCCCCUGCCCAACGAGGAGGCCCGCGCCAACAUCCUGCAGAUCCAUUCGCGCAAGAUGGCCGUCGAGGACAGCGUCAACUGGGCGGAGCUGGCUCGUAGCACGGACGAGUUCGGCGGCGCCAUGCUCAAGGCCGUCUGCGUCGAGGCUGGCAUGAUCGCCUUGCGUAAGGGAAUGAGCAAGGUCGGCCACGAGAACUACGUCGACGCCAUCGCAGAGGUCCAGGCCAAGAAGAAGGAUACAAACAUGGGCAUCUAUGUCUAA